AUGUGUCGAUAUGUCGCUCGAAACACGAAUAUCAUCAUUGCCCAGGUAGACUUCCGGCUUGCACCGGAGUAUCCCGUUCCGACGCAAGUCAAUGACUGCUUCGACGCCUACAAAUGGUGUUACCGCAAUGCCGCCAAGCUCGGGGGUGACAUCAAUCGCUUUUUUUCGAUGGGAUCUUCGCUUGGAGGCAGCGCAGCAGUGGGGGUAGCCUUGAAGCUCAUCGAUGAAAAUCUAAGCCAAAUGGUGUCGGGGAUUGUCAUCCUAUGCCCUGCCCUUCUUCACCCGGAAUUUGUUCCCAAUGAUUACAAGCCUAUGUUCAAGGCGUACGAGGAAAAUUGGACCGGUGCUCCUUUGCAGGAUGGGCAGAGCAUGAUGAUAUUUUAUGGCCACAACGGCGGCACCAACCAGCAGACCAACCCCUACGCCUUCCCGUGCUUGCAUCCUGGGAUUUCCCGUUUGCCCCCAGUCUAUCAGGCUAUCUGUGAGGCAGAUCCGGUUCGGGAUGAUUCGACCGUCUUCAAGUAUCAACUCGAUAAAUUCGGGAUCCAAAACAUGUUUCAUAUUUAUCCGGGAAUGCCGCAUUAUUUCUGGCUGUUCCCACAGCUACAUAUGUCUGAGAAAUUCCACCAGAAUGUCGUGGAAGGAGUGAAGUGGGUACUUAGCCAGGUUGAAGUAACGAAUGUCUAA